GAUGGAGUAUCAUGAGAGACCUGCUUCUUUUCGCCAAGCUCGCCUCAACCCCUUUGACCGGGGCGAGGAGGAAGGUGGCCCCCUGGGGGAUAAAACCCCCCCUCGACAUGGGCGUGGAGAUGAAAGCCUGCUCUUGAUGACGUAUGCAGGAAAAUCCCUGAUUAUGACCUAAUCAACAACAACUGACUCUGGAUCUGUGGUUAGGGGCCAACAGUUGUCAGGGGAACUGAGACAGCAGCAUUAAGCGGUGCUGUAGUUGAGGAUGAUUCUCUGUCCUCGCUGCUUGGCUCAGUUCACUAGAUCUCAACAGACAGUCUGGGCUGCAGCUGCAGCUGAAUUCUCUCCAUCUCUGGCAGCCAGUGGCUCAGGAAAUCCGGCCUUAUAACCAUGAUGUCAUCUGAGGUUUACGCAGAGAUGAGACCUGACCUCUUCUCUGAGAGAAGAAGCCAGACUUCAGACCGAGCCAUGGACUUAGGUCUAGCAGAAGACCACUUCUCUCGACCUGUCGGCUCGUUUGUAGCGUCAGACAUUGAGCAACUGAAGAUGGCCAUAGAGGAGUGUAAGAGACUGAUCCUAGAGCUGCCUGAACACUCAGAGAGACAGAAGGACACUGUAGUCAAACUUAUCCACCUACGCCUCAAACUACAAGAGCUCAAGGACCCUGAGGAGGAUGAGCCAAACCUGAGAGUGCUAUUGGAGCACCGUUUUUCCAAGGAGAAGAGCAAGAGUGUGAAACAGAAUUGUGACAAGUGCAGCACCAUCAUCUGGGGCCUCAUCCAGACCUGGUACACCUGUACAGGUUGUUACUACCGUUGUCAUAGCAAAUGCCUGAACCUCAUCAAUAAGCCGUGUGUGAGGUCAAAGGUCAGCCACCAGUCUGAGUACGAGCUCAGCAUUUGCCCAGAAAUCGGGCUGGACCGGCAGGACUACCGCUGUGCAGAGUGCCGCACGCCUGUGUCCCUGAGGGGCGUGCCGAGCGAGGCCCGGCAGUGUGACUACACGGGCCAGUACUACUGCAGCACCUGUCACUGGAAUGACACCGCGGUGAUCCCGGCACGGGUCAUCCACAACUGGGACUUUGAGCCACGCAAGGUAUGUCGUUCUUCCAUGCGUUACCUGGCACUGAUGAUUCCCCGGCCUGUACUAAAGCUUAGGGAGGUCAACCCACUGCUCUUCAACUUCGUGGAGGAACUAGUGGAGAUCAGGAAGCUCCGUCAGGACAUCCUACUGAUGAAGCCUUACUUCAUCACCUGUAAGGAGGCCAUGGAGGCCCGUCUACUACUGCAGCUUCAUGAUCGCCAACACUUUGUGGAGAACGAUGACAUGUACUCGCUUCAGGAUUUGAUUGACAUCUCCAGUGGUAGACUCAGCUGCUCUCUCACAGAGAUCCACACUAUGUUUGCCAAGCACAUUAAACUGGACUGUGAUCGGUGCCAGGCCAAAGGCUUUGUAUGUGAGCUGUGUAAGGAGGGAGACAUCCUCUUUCCCUUCGACAGCCACACGUCCGUGUGCCACGAAUGCUCUGCUGUCUUCCACAGGGACUGUUACUAUGACAACUCCACAACUUGUCCAAAAUGUACCCGGAUGACAGAACGCAAGAACGACGAUCCACCAGAUCCGAAAGAUGCAUAGCCCUGGCGGUCCGACCCUGUCACUGUGAAUGACACGGAGAAACAGAAUGACUGACAACCUAGGAAGUAGCAGAGGCCUUGGGGUUUCAGACCACACCAUCAAAGGAUCCUUCUGACAGAAACAUCACUAGCUUUUCCUCUCCGUCUCUUCUCUGCUCUUUCUGCCUCCGCUGUGUCUUCUGUUUUGUGGGGAUGUUUUUAAGUGUCUUUGUUCCAGUUCAGAACACUACAGAAGAGGGUAGCAUGAACCUAGUUUUUAAUAUGAUCCGGGGAUGAAGUGUUAUACUCUGAGGCUGGCUAUGUAACCUGCAGAAAGGACUCCCUGAUCACAGCCUGUGUGGAUACCGGUGUGAGUGACUGUACUGUAUGGCUAUCAUGUUGCAUGCAGGAAUUGUAAUGUGAGUCACAUAAUUGUCUUCAGCUUAAGAUGUCACUACGCCUGAAGUAGAAGGUGUUUAAAUUCCAGAUUCAUUCUUAUGAAAUAGGGUUGAAAAUGUACCGUAUGCUUGCUCUACAGUUAGAAGUGUUACGUACUACCAGUCUGUGGUAGUGGAAACAGAAAAAACGUGUUGCAGGACAGAGGACAACUGUUUUGAGUUUGGGGCAGUCAGAAGGGAGGGAGAGGUACUUGCUAAACAACAACAUGAUGUCCAUUUCCCUAACAAAUCAAUUUAACAAGACUGCCAUUCAACCUCAGGCCUCAACUGACCCAUAACAAGAGUAAGCUGUUUAAGUUCUGUCGUAUUAAAUUCUCAAUGACAUUUGUGUUUUCUGUUUUAGAUUGAAAACAAAAUGAUAUGCCUGAAACACUUCAGGGUUGGGAAAUGCACUUUAUGUGCUGGGAAGAUAAAUGCAGUGCAUUUUUCGAGUUACAAUAAUUUGGAAAUAACAGGAGAGUGAAGUGAAUGAGAGAAUAUUAUGCACUGAUUUACCAACCCAUUGCUAGGUAUUUUGUGCUGCAUUUACCCAACAUUUAUCCAGGAAUCUAUUUACAGUAUUUCUGUUUUCAGCCCACCUCAAAAGGAUUGCACAUAUACUCAGUGGACAGUUUAUUAGGUGCACAGCCUGAAUUCCUCAGUACAUGCAUUCUACAAUGUGUUGGAAACUUUCCACAGGGAUGUUGGUCCAUGCUGAUGCAAUAACAUCACAUAGUAGAUGACUGUUAAACAGCCAUACAUUGAUGUUGCGUACAGUCCAUUCCAUCUCAACAAAGAUGCUCUAGUGGAUUGUGGUCUGAGACCGUAGAACCAGGAUUUAUCAGACCAGGUGGUGUUUGUCCACUCGAUGCUUCAGUGUUGAUCAUGUGUCUGCUGAAGCUGCUACUGUUUAGUUGAUAGGAGAGGAAACUUGUGGUUGUCUACAGUAAUGGGUCACCAGUGAAAAGGGCCGAACAGAUUACCAGAGCACUUUUGUAAAAUGGCAUUAUUAUGUGGCCUGUCUGUUAGCUUGCAGGAUUCUUGCCAUUCCCCAUUGACAUAUCUCAUGUGCUGUUUUCACCUACAGGACUGCAACUGACUGAAUUGUUGUCGCUCCAAUCUGUGUGUUCCCUAGACAACCAUACUCGUGUGAAACCCCAGGAUGACGUUUGUUUCUGAGAUACUCCUGCACUAAUGACCGCUGCAAAAUGUUGCUAAUCCUGACACUUAAUUGAACAGUACCAGAAUGCCUUCGACCAGUAUGCUUUACGGUACUUCAAGCCAUUGUCCUUUGGCUCACAGCAGUGGAGCGACUCAUUUCUGUCAAUGGUCUUAUGCACUUAAACUGGCCACUGAGUGUAUUUAUAUCAUGAGAUAAGAAAGCUGAUUAAUGAGACCUUUGGGCAAAUGAGUGUAAAUAUUGUCUGAAAGAUAUUUGUUUUUAAAUAAUGUGUUCGGCUGUUAUCCUUCAGCAUGUGUCAAUUAAAUGGUUUAUUUGUAUAUACAAAAAGAUAAUCUGCAUGAUUGUCUUAACAUGCAAGUGUAGUGUUUCUUGUAUUCGUGUAUAUCCUAAUGACAUGAAUUGUGGGAUUAUGUAAAGGUAAGCAUUAAUAAAGUAUUAAUACAUUCUAAA